UGUUAGAAUUGUUUUUGCAUGAAAACCCUGUCAUUUAUAGUGAUGUAUAAAACACAAGGUGAAAAGAAUCGCCAAUGACCUUUGCUUUUUUUUUUAAUCCUCAUGGGUUGAAAAUCUGAUCCAAACACAAAUCAAUUGAUUAUAUAAAUACGUGAUUAAUGGAAACUUAUAAUUGUGGUAUGGGAAAAAAAUAUCUUAUGCGUUUUAUAUACUUAUGUUUAUUUUAUUAGCUUGUAAUAUGGGAUCAUAUGGAGAAAACUGCAGGGAAACAUGCAGUUCAUUCUGCAUAGUAGGUCUACAUUGCAGCAAUACUAAUGGACAUUGUGAAGACGGCUGCGUGGAUGGAUACAUAGAACCAAAGUGUGAUAAAAGUUGUGAGGGUGGGUGGUAUGGCAAAAACUGCUCAAAGCAAUGUAAUGAUAACUGUGUGAAUGAGUCCUGUGAUCACAGAGAUGGUGUGUGCCUGUUUGGAUGCAAACCGGGCUGGAUUUCUGCUUAUUGUACUCAGGCAUGUAAUGAAGGACUGUAUGGCAAAAACUGUUCAAACAUCUGUCACCACUGCCUUAAUAAUCUGUGUGAUCCUAAAAAUGGGACUUGCAUUCAGGGAUGUAACGACGGGUACAUGGGUCAUAAAUGUGAUGAGUCGUGCAAUAUAGGAAGGUAUGGAAAGAAUUGCGCCAACUUGUGCAACAAAUAUUGUAAAAACAAGUCAUGUAACAACACCGAUGGUAGAUGUACAAAUGGGUGUGAAGCUGGAUGGAUGGGGUUAAACUGUCUAGACGAGUGUCUGUCUGGAUUGUAUGGGGAGGAUUGCAUACAAAAUUGUGGCAAAUGUGCUUUGAAUCAAACAUGCAACAGGACAAAUGGGGCUUGUUUAACUGGCUGUGCAGAACCAUUUACGGGAGUGAAAUGCGACAAGAAUACGGAAACCGUACUGAAAAUAACACCUAGAAAUUUUUCUGAAUGUGAUUUUUUUCACGGCUUCGUCAUAGCCUUAUCAGUAGGAUUUGCUGUAUCCAUGGUAAUAAAUAUAUAUGCCUGUGUAAUGAAAUUACGAAGAAGAUACUGUAAACGAAAUGAGGAAGCAUCGAAACAUAAUGCUGUACUUAACCACGGAAUGGCUGAAAAGACUGAAGAUACACAUACCUACCAGGAACUAAAUACUAUUAAUUGUGAUUUUAAUACUUACCAUAAUCUUUCAUUUGGCACUUCUGCCUAGAAUAAGAAAGAAAGGAAAUGUUUCUCCGUAUUUCUUAAAGAUAUUUAAAAGCUUUAUGUACAACGUACGUUCUUUCAUUUUUGAUUAUGGAUAUACUGUAGUUUAAACUGAUGUAAUAUAUAGAGUUGUCACAAUGGGAUGAUUUCAAUUCAU